AAGCCGGCCAGCUCCCACCCACGUAUUAACGCCCCUCGAAGCAGCAUCGCGCGCGCGCGGGAGCCAGCGACAGGAGAGCAUGGAGCUGAGGCAGCCCUGCGACCGUGAGCACGCUCUCUAGGCAGCUCGCCAGCCAGCCAGCCAUGGCAGCAGCUCCCGUUCUCCUCCCCUCGCCGCCGUGCCACUACCGCCACCGGGCGACGGCGGCGACGAGCGGGAGGGGAUCGCUCUCGCAUUGCACCGUUCCGGCCCCUCGGCGGCGCAGGCGGUUGAACGGCCGUGGCGCGGUGACGUUGGCGGCAGCGGCCGUGCCCCCCGAGCAGAGCAGCUCGUCUCCGGCGGGGUACGGGACUGUGAGUGAUUCUAAGGCCGCGCUGUACCGAGCUCUGGAGGGCGCCAACAGAGGGAUAUUCGGGAUGACGUCCGCCAAGAGGUCGGAGAUCCAUGGCCUGGUGGAGCUGCUCGAGUCCCGGAACCCCACGCCGGAGCCCACCGCCAAACUGCAGGAGAAGGUGGAUGGAUGCUGGAAGCUUAUCUACAGCACGAUCUCGAUACUGGGGAAAAAGAGAACCAAACUAGGACUGCGAGAUUUCAUCAGCUUGGGGGAUUUCCUCCAAAUGAUUAAUGUUAAAGAGGAAAAGGCGAUAAAUGUGAUAAAGUUCAGCGCAAGAGCACUGAAGAUAUUGUCGGGGCAGCUCACUAUUGAAGCUUCAUACAAUGUUACUACUAAAACACUUCUUGUUUCAGAGAGUGGAUAUCAAGCUUCAGAGUUCAACCAUUACUCCGGAUCAGCUGAUGAAUAUCUUCCAGAAGAACUACGACCUGCUCCUGGCCAUAUUCAACCCAGAAGGCUGGUUAGAGAUAACAUAUGUUGAUGAAUCGCUACGGAUUGGAAGAGAUGACAAGGAGAACAUCUUUGUACUGGAAAGGGCGGACCCAUCAAAAGUAUGAUGCAAAAUUGUGUCAGCACAUUCAUAGUUUUCUGACAAGGAGUGUGCAUGCGCAUAUCUUACAUCACACGUGGUUAUUAACAGCUCGGUGCAGAUCAUCCACGCAACUCAUUUUUUUAAAAAGGCUAUACAGUGUUCUUUUAAAUUUCGGUGAGCAUGUAAGGCUCUCGUGGUACUAACGGUUAAUCAAACACGGUUUCACCGAGCUGGUUGGAUUCGAGACGCGAUAUCCUCUUAAUGAAAAGUCUGGGUUCGAGAUGCGAUAUCCUUUUAAUGAAAUCUUAGGGAACAUCUUCCCCCUCGGUGUUCAUUUUUUUUUAAAAAAAGAUUGGUGAUCAUAGAAGCAUAUCCCUUCUCUAAACAAUUUAUGCAAGCUGGGCAGCUUUAUGUAUGUUCCUUUUGCAUAGAGAAUUGGCAAUUUGGUCAAUCUUAGGAAGCAAACAGCUGUUGUAUUUUGAAUAUAUAUAAUUGUUCAACUAUUCUUCCUUGUAAGACAUAAUCUAAUGAGUGUACAGCUUCGAACUCA